AUGCAAAUCCUGAGGAGGCGAGUCUUCCGCUAUGUCUUCAAUGCCGACAUCAGCAAGAUGUACCGCCAGAUCCAAUUGUCUUCCCAACACACGCCCUAUCAGCGAAUACUCUUUCGCGACCGUAAGGGGGACGUGUGUGACUACGAUCUUGCCACUGUCACCUUCGCAGUCCACAUGUACGUGGACGACGUGCUGGCUGGUGCUCACACUCAGUCACAGGCAAUCUCCGCCAUUUCAGAGUUACGCAAAGCACUCGACUCCACUGGGGUUUCCACUCCGAAAGUGGACAGCGAACCACAAGGGCUACUUCAACGGGAGUCCUGUACGAAGCGCAAUGUGCUAUCGCAGAUAGCGCAGCUGUUCGAUCCGGCGGGAUGGCUUGCCCCCUUUGUCAUUCAAGCCAAAAUUUUCAUGCAGGAAAUUUGGCUAAGAGAGUUAGGUUUUCCGGCCAUCCAGGAUGUCCGCAUUCCGCGGUGGUUGCACGUAUGUCCAAUGGCCAAGGUGCAGAUACAUGGCUUCUGCGACGCGUCUCAACGUGCCUAUGGGGCAGCGAUUUACAUCCGAGUUGAGCGACCGCAGGGCAUUGUCUGUGCCCUUCUCACAGCUAAAACCCGCGUGGCCCCCGUGAAAACGGUUUCCUUGCCUCGACUCGAACUGUGCGGAGCCGUCCUUCUGACAGAGCUUUCCGAGGCCAUCCUUCCUCAACUGCCACUGGACACCAGCCAAGUAUCCUUCUGGACCGAUUCCACGAUUGUGUUGGCCUGGCUGAACAGACCUGCAUGCGAUUGGACCACUUUCGUGGGCAAUCGAGUAGCCAAAAUCACUCGAUGUUGGCCCAGCGAGCGAUGGAGCCUCGUCCGAUCCGAGGACAAUUCGGCCGACCUGGCCAGUCGAGGGCUAGGACCCACUGACCUGGUCGGAAGUGAUAUGUGGUGGCAUGGCCCUGCUUGGUUGCGUAGUCCAAAAUCGGAGUGGCCAUGUCCGCGGGACUCAGUCCUUGAGACUGACCUGGGGAAGCGAGUCGUCAAGGUGCACCAUGCCACCAGCAGCGCCUCCGAUAUCCUCAGCCGUUUCUCCGAACUCGGGAGCGCUCUUCGCGUGAUCGCCUACGUUCGGCGGUUCACCCAGCGAGCUAAAGGGCAGACAACCCAUGUCUCCGAAGAGCUGAACGGAGAGGUGGUCGCUGCCGCUUUCCAGGCGGUCACACUGACAACCCAACGCUUCCAUUAUGCUGGGGGGCAUCGGUGCCUGCUAAACAAGCAGCCACUGCCUACUACGAGUUCUCUUCAGAAUCUUAAUCCGUUCCUUGACCAGGAUGGAGUCAUGCGGGCAUGUGGCCGAGUCCAAGCCUCGGCGUCCAUGUCCUACAACGAACGGCAUCCAAUCUUGUUGCCACCCUCAUGUCUCCUGGUUCGCCUGCUGGUUCGAUUCACCCAUCAUAUAUCGCUAUAUGGUGGGAACCAGCUGGUCAUCCGCCUUAUCCGGGCAACAUACUGGAUCCCUCGACUACGUCACGUGGUGAGGGCAGUGAUCAAUUCUUGUAAGGUUUGCGUCCUCCAUCGUAAGCGACUCCAAACCCAACUAAUGGGCGACCUUCCUGCCUCACGAGUCACAUUCUCCAGGCCGUUCACAUACACCGGAGUCGACUUCGCCGGCCCCUUCGACGUUAAAAGUUUCACAGGUCGCGCAUGUCGCAUCUCAAAGGGGUAUGUGUGCGUGUUCGUCUGCUUUUCCACGAAGGCCAUCCACUUAGAGGCCAAGUCCGAUAUAUCCACCGACACCUUCCUAGCCGCCUUCGCUCGUUUCGUCGCGAGACGUGGGUGUCCUCAUGAAGUUCAAUCCGACAACGGCAGGAAUUUUGUCGGCGCGUCCCGCUCUCUGGCUGUGGAUCUUCUCGAGGCCAUUCGCGCUCGGACUUCUGCGGUGUACAGCCAGCAGGCGGUUUAUCCCUCCCGGAGCCCCACAUAUGGGGGGCUUGUGGGAAGCAGGUGUGAAGAGCUUCAAGGCUCUGUUCCAACGGUCGAUGUGUACGUCCAAAUACACAUUAAAGGAGUUCGCGACCUUACUUUCAAAAAUUGA